AUGAAGGAGGAAUUCCCAAAGUGUGAUCACAUGGAAAACGUGUAUGGCUAUUUAAUGAAGUACACCAACCUUGUCACUGGGUGGCAAUACAGGUUUUUUGUUUUAAACAAUGAAGCUGGGCUAUUGGAGUACUUUGUGAAUGAACAAUCUAGAAAUCAAAAACCCAGAGGUACUUUGCAGCUUGCAGGAGCUGUAAUAUCACCCAGUGAUGAGGACUCUCACACCUUCACUGUAAACGCUGCCAGUGGGGAACAGUAUAAACUCAGAGCCACAGAUGCUAAAGAGCGACAACAUUGGGUUAGCAGACUUCAGAUAUGUACACAACAUCACACUGAAGCAAUUGGAAAGAAUAAUCCUCCUCUGAAGUCACGGAGCUUCUCACUUGCAUCUAGUGGUAAUUCUCCUAUAUCCCAGAGGAGACCAAGUCAAAAUGCCAUUUCCUUUUUUAGUGUUGGACAUUCCAAGCUGCAAUCAGUGAACAAAAAAGCUCACUUACCUCCAGACCAUCUUGUGGAAGUCAGAGAAAUGAUGUCUCAUGCUGAAGGACAACAAAGAGACUUAAUUAGACGAAUUGAAUGCCUUCCUACUUCUGGCCACCUUAGUUCCUUGGACCAGGAUCUCCUAAUGCUCAAAGCUACUUCCAUGGCAACUAUGAACUGCUUAAAUGACUGCUUUCAUAUUCUCCAGUUGCAGCAUGCAUCACAUCAGAAGGGCUCGUUGCCUUCAGGAACGACAAUCGAAUGGUUAGAACCAAAGAUACCUUUAUCAAACCACUAUAAAAAUGGAGCUGACCAGCCCUUUGCAACUGAGCAGAGUAAGCCAGUAGCCGUCCCAGAAGAACAGUCUGUUGCAGAAUCUGGACUAUUAGCAAGGGAACCUGAAGAAAUAAAUGCAGAUGAUGAGAUAGAGGAUAUGUGUGACAACAAGGAAGAUGACCUGGGAGCUGUAGAAGAGCAACGUAGUGUCAUCUUACAUCUCUUGUCACAGCUCAAGCUAGGCAUGGAUUUAACGAGAGUGGUGCUUCCUACGUUUAUCCUAGAGAAGCGUUCCUUGCUGGAAAUGUAUGCAGACUUUAUGUCUCAUCCAGAUCUAUUUAUAGCCAUCACUAAUGGAGCCACAGCCGAGGAUAGAAUGAUUCGCUUUGUCGAGUACUACCUUACCUCAUUUCAUGAAGGCCGUAAGGGAGCCAUUGCUAAGAAACCAUACAAUCCAAUCAUUGGAGAAAUAUUUCACUGUUCCUGGAGGAUGCCGAAAAGUGAGGUAGCAUCCAGUGUAAUUAGCAGCUCUUCCACCCAGGUAGUCACAAAUCAUGCUCCUCUAUCAGAGGAGUCUUUGAGCCAAGAGGGAUCGGACUGUUAUACAGUCAGAUUUGUUGCUGAGCAGGUUUCCCAUCAUCCUCCAGUCUCAGGAUUUUAUGCAGAAUGUGCAGAGAGGAAGAUGUGUGUAAAUGCUCAUGUCUGGACUAAGAGCAAAUUCUUAGGCAUGUCAAUAGGAGUGACAAUGGUUGGAGAAGGUAUUCUCAGUCUAUUGGAGCAUGGAGAAGAAUAUACAUUUUCUCUACCUUGUGCGUAUGCCCGGUCAAUUUUGACUGUACCUUGGGUAGAAUUGGGUGGCAAAGUCAGCGUCAACUGUGCAAAAACUGGGUAUUCAGCCAGCAUCACUUUUCAUACUAAGCCAUUUUAUGGCGGCAAACUGCAUCGGGUUACAGCUGAAGUAAAGCACAACAUCACCAGCACUGUGGUAUGCAAAGUACAAGGGGAAUGGAAUAGUGUUCUUGAGUUCACUUACAGCACUGGAGAGACGAAGUAUGUGGACUUAACUAAACUGGCAGUGACAAAGAAAAGAGUAAGACCUCUGGAGAAGCAGGAUCCAUUUGAAUCCAGGCGAUUAUGGAAAAAUGUGACAGACGCUCUAAGGGAAUCUGAAAUUGAUAAAGCCACAGAGCAUAAACGUACCUUGGAAGAAUGCCAGAGGACUGAAGAAAGGCAUCGUACUGAAACAGGCACACCCUGGAAAACCAAAUACUUUAUCAAAGAGGGAGAUGGCUGGAUUUAUUAUAAGCCCCUUUGGAAAGUAAUUCCAACAACACAACCAGCAGAGUGACACAUGCUAACACUCGACCAAAUGAGGUUCUUCUCUGUUUAUCCUAAACCCUCCCAGAAUGGAAUCAUUGCACUGAGUGACCUGCUUCCUGAUUUCACAGACUCAGAUUAGUUAAACACGAAUGUACCUACUAGGGCACCGUAAUACUGCAGCAAGACCAAAGUGUUAAUGAGACAAAAUGGGCCUCUCACAAACCUGUUCAUGUAAUGUGAGCAAUACCAUCUUAAAACCUUUUACCUGAAUUAUUAGAUGAUUAAUCUUUUAUCCAGUUCCUGCUCCUAAAGCUAAGUUUGAAUCCCCUAUUUUUGCACAGGGGCAGCAGAUACACACAACAGUGACAAUUCAGUGACUUUGAUUUCUAUAUAGUGAAAAGUGAAGUCUCUUUCAGAGUUUGUGUUUUGCCUUCUGUCUGUAACUGAGGUGUUCACUACUCCUAUGAACCAACCAAGAGGAGGAGGAAGAUGACCCAGAAGUGGAUUCAGCCAUUGUGCCUGAAAUCAGUGUUAAAAAAAUCAACCAGGUUGUGGUAACAAGGCAUUCUAUUUCUUCAAAAAAGACUGUGCCUGUGUCUGAGGAACUUAUCCAUUAUCCACCUCUGUUGGAACACUCUUUUAAAAAAUGUAUUUAUAAAUUGAUUAGAAUUACAACCAUCGAGAAUUUUUUCUUCUGAGCAUUUUAAUAUACUUGAAAACAACAUUGACUUGAAAAAUUUCAGAACAUUUUUCAAUACCUAGUUUUAUUAAAUAUUAUACUUGAGAGACAAUUUUUUUAAAUGUGUUCAUGUCAAUAUGAUGAGAUUUUGGCCUUUCUCGAGAACUAAGGCAUUAAAGAAAAUAACAAAUAUUUAAAAACAAAACUGUUACUUUUUUCUUCAUCUUUUUUUCACUUGUAGGUUAAUAUCCAGUAUUAUGUGCUAUCCCUCUGGAUAAGUAUGCUUUAUCUUACCUCUGUUCAUUCAGAUAUUAAAUGACUUCAUAUUUGUCAGUAAUUCAGAAGUUAUAUGUGUGGCUGAGCACAUGUAAGGUAUGGUUUUAUUUUAUUUUCAAGGAAACUUAAGUGCUGAAGAAAAAAAUGGAAUAAAAUGAUAUCAGGAGAAAAAGAUUUCAGGAAGUUGUAUUCAGGUACACAUCUCUUUUUAAAUAAGUAUUUUACUGAGGUUGCAGAAUUGCUGGCAAUUGAAAGAAUAGUGCUAAUUAUGGCUUUUAUCAUUCAUUCAAGUAUUUAUAGAGCACCUACUUAUGGUGCUCAACACUUGUUACUGCAAGCUACCUUAAUUUCCCAAGAGUGGUGCCUUACUGUUUCUUCUGAUGUGGUCUUCCAAUCAGUGUGUGUAACGUAUACCUGUUAUUCAUCAGCCAUCGUAGAUGGCUGUGUCUGUUGUAUCAUCAUAAGACGUUUAAGCUUUGUGCUCUGAUAAAUUGUGUUCUGUUAAAGGGGUUAAUAGGAUGAAAACAGCAGAACAAUUUUUCACCAAACUGUAAAUUAUAAGAAAAAGAAUUGGUUUAUGUACAACCAUUUUAAUGAUUCCCUUGCUCAAUUUUGCUGUGAAAUGCACUGAAAAAUCUCAAAAUGAGUUAUAGUUUGUGUUGAGAAAACUGAGAAAUAAUAAAACUAGAGAACAAUGA